AAAAAAGAACCAAUCAGCGACAGAGAUGUACACGCUCAAACCAAUCAGAAGUCCCAACACUACAGAGCGUGUUACCUAAAUUGUAGGGUCCCGGGCUUCCAGUCCUGUCAAAAUUAUCCCCAAAGGAAAGAGCUCUGAUAAUAAUGAAACAGUGGAUGUGCGUCGUUGAUGCUACUUCCUUCAUGUCAUCUUUUUCCUUUCACUAACGGAAGGUAAGAAGCAACAGCGUCAGCUAUCGAUGAUGUGUCAUUUAUGCUAAUGCUAAGCUAGCUGUCAAGAUACACUCUCUCUAUACGAGAUUUAAGCUUCAAACAAUUUUCUCCCUGUGCUUAUGGAGCGGGUUUACUACCCUUGGACCUAACUUUGCUUUGAAAUAUGAUGGCAUUAAAUAAUCUCGAUCAUGGUGUAAGGUUACACUGCAUAUGAGCUAACAGUUAGCAAGGUGAAGUAGCCGUCGGUUCCUGCACAGUUCGUCAAAUUGUGGAGUGUAGUUAGAGUCAUAACUGAAAUGAUGAUAAAGAAGUGGUUUGUCAGAAUAUCCAAGUCCUCAAACGCAGAAUCUCAGUAAGAGUUAACGGGGCUUUAGCCAAACAGAAAACUAAGAAGCUAAUGUUGUCUGCUAAUUAGCCUGUUACAUAAUCCUGCUAUUUAAGCAACAUUAUGAGAUUCCCAUAUUAAGACAGAGCUCUUUCUUCACAUCACCCAUGCAAGCUUCAUCUGAAGUUAAAAAUGCAUUGGUCAGUGCAGGGUUAUUCAAUAGAUUUGAUGCAUAGGUGUUAGAUUGGGCUGACCUCUGCUCCUGCAGUCUGUCUGGAGGCCAAACUUGCUCCGACCUUUUGCACUUUCAGUUUUGGAUUUCAUCUUACUACUGCAGUAUCUCGAACCCCCAGCUUUACAUACCAACACAGUCUGAGUCAUGCAAUUGCAGAAGAGCGCUAACUUUCAGUGUGAUCUUUCUCUCUCUUUUUAGGUGCACCCUACAAUUAUGGAGUUUUGAAAAGGAGCGUGGGAAUUUUGGGGGGAAAGGGGGCCUUUCCCCUCAAGUUUGAUGGUUGGACUACUGGGUGAGAAGGUCAGAGGAUUGGUGGAAAUUUUUUGCCUUUUGUAAACUAUAAGAGUAUAUAGAGAGAAAGAAAUAUAUUUUUGCAAAAAACAAAAACUAAUAUGUAAAGAUUUUUAUGAAAUGCACAAAGAUUUUUGUAUUUAUUGAAGUUAUGAUGCCAUUGUAUGCUAGAAGCACCUUAGUUGGUGUUCAACUCUUGGUUGAGAUGGUGGACUGAAACGAGUCUCAAAAAGGCUCUGGGGUUGCUAGGGUGCAGUGGAACCUCAACACAAGCACAAUUCUAGCACUCCAAACCAUCUCUCCCUUUUGUUGACCUAAUUUUUUUCUUUUUGGAGAGCAGCUCUGUUACAAGAGAUAGUUUUAUUAACAGUGUUUUCUGUUUGCCAUUGCACACUGUGGUGUUGUUAAGUUCGUUUGUGGUUGUGGGUGGUGGGCUGUCACAAGGACCUCUUAAUAUAAUAAGGAAGAAGGCUCACUGUGAAGACUCGGUGGAGGUCAGGAUGAGUCUGGCACCACUGGACUGUACCCCGAGAUGCCGCUCACAGAAGCAUGCAGAUGAAGUUGUCGCAGCACUAACGAGUGGCUCUGAGGGGCAGCUUCGGGUGUUCUUGACUUCGUACUGCCACAAUGCAGCCACCCUUAGGGAUAACUUCGGCCGCACUGCGCUGCACCUCGCAGCCUCACUGGGAAAGAAGGCCCUUUUGGAGUGGCUGCUUGAGAGUAAGAAUGCUGACCUAAUGGUGAAGGAUAAGGAAUCUAGCUGGACUGCUCUGCACCGCAGUGCUUUCUAUGGACAGAUCCACUGUCUCAUAUCCCUGGUCAAGGUAGGUGUUGAACUGAGAUCUCCUGGAAAUUAGCGUAUCACAAUUACGGAUGUUUCCAUUUAUGUAUUCAUUUACUGAUAAUUCUGGACACGUAACAUGCAUUGGUAUGGAUUAAUAACGGUCAUUUCUCUCUCUUCUAUUAUCUUGAUUAUAUUUGACACCAGUGUUUCUUUCUGUUUCGUUUUCUGUCAGCAUGGUGGACUCCUCUCCACCCAGGACAAGGAGGGUCUCUCUGCCAUGGACCUUACAAUGAAAGACAGACCAUCACAUGUUGUCUUCAAACACUCUGGUAAGAAAGUUGAUCAAGUCUCAGCAUAAACAGAUGUGAAAAAACUCCUUUUCAUGGUUCAUGUCAUUUUUUUUUCUUUCUGAAUCUGUAUGACACUAACUGUUGGCUCUGCAACUCUGUUUAUUUUUCAGCCAAGGGGCAGCGUGACUCAUUCAGUUUAACAAAGCAUUUCACACUUGUACAUGUCAGGGAUUUGAUGACCCCUGUGGUAUAUGAUUAGUCUUUGAGCUGUUGUGACAUGUCCUUUUUUUAUUACAAGAAGUUUUAUGGGGGCAGCAGUACCCUAAGUCAACGUGCAGGAUAUAUUUCUAACUUCAAACUUAUCCACCCUAUUUAAGAUUGUGCUUCAACGCCUUUUUUGUGCAGUCCUUUUUAUAUUGCCCCUUAAUGCCUGUUCAGUAUUAUGCAAAGUACCUUGAAUUGCUUUGUUGUAGGUACAUUUUAUUCAAAUGACCUGCCUCCUCUCUUUUAUAGUGGUUCAGACCAGUAGUUAAAAUAAGCUGUGGGUGAAAGCUGUGUUGUAGCCGUCCUUUUAAUUGUGUUUUCCUCCUCAUUACAGACCCAACAGAAGUAUACACAUGGGGAAACAACACUAAUUUCAGUCUGGGUCAUGGUAAUCAGGAGAGCCGACAUCACCCUGAGCUUGUGGAUGUGUUUGCCAGGACUGGGGUUUACAUCAAGCAGGUAUGCUAACAACAGUGUGUUGUUGUCCCUUCUCUCCAGGGCUCAGGAAAGUGCUUUCCUAAGUAAUGGAGCUUCCAUCUCAGAAACCACAACUCAAAUGUUUCAUUCAAACCUGUAAUGACCUGCAGCACAACUUUUUGUAAUUUGUGUAGCGUUUAAACAGAGCCAAAAUUUUGUUAUCCGUAAAAAGCACACAACUUUGGUAAACAAGCAAAACAUUUGCUCUCCAGAGUCCUGUGUUAUGCAACUUUUUCUCAUGUGGCUAUAUUAGCAUUCAUAUAAAGAAAAGAAAAUUUGCUUAAGUAUAAAUAAAAACAGUACCUAGCAUAAGUCAGUACAUGCUCUAUUAUAAGGAAUGUAUUACUCAAUAUGUAGAUGAGCAAAAGUACAAUUUCAGAAGUUUUGGCAAAGCUGAGUUUAACAUAACAUGUUAUUUACCAUAAGAUAAAAAUAAAGGUGAUUAGUAACUAAAAUGUAGCUUUGCUCCCAGAACUUUGAUUGGGGUGUACUCGUUUUGGCAUCCUGGUUUUAAAUUGAAAAAAUACUUUUUUCUACGCAACUUACAAAAAAGUCUUGUUUGCAAUCCCCCUACCCUUGGGGGAGUAUUUUGUUGUAUAGUCAGGCAUAGAAAUUGUUGAUUUUGAAAGGAAACUAAAGGUUUUCUGACAGCUCUGAAGGGUUGAAUUUUAUGUCACAACAGAACAACACAACAUGAGCCAAUUUUGAUGAAUUCAAACUUUAAUUUCGCUCAAUGAAUUGGCAAUUGUGUAGCCACAGUACACUGUACAAAGACUGUGUUUUUGUCUGACUUCAUGGAGAAAGAAAUAUUUGGAGAAUAAAAAUAGACCCGGUCAGGUGGUGUUUAAGCCAGUCAUAUAGGGGACAAAGUGGGUAUCAGAUUUGUCUUCACUUGUGUGAUAUCACUUGUGAACUUUGUGGAGUCAGUGUGUGUGCACCUUUGAACUAUAUAGCCAUACUGUGCCAGCCUGGCUUCUAUGUCAUGCAUGUGUCAUGUGAGUGCUCUUAGCAUGAUUAACAUAGCUCUUGGCUGCGGUGCACAUACCCCCAGCGGUGUGAGGAGUACACACCAGAUGCUAUUUGUAGUUGAUUAAGUAAUCCAGAACGACAGUGUUAGUUAUGCUGACUCUGUAAUCUUUUCAGACCUGGCUAGUGAAAGCAGUUAGCAUGCUUGUGAAAGGAAUAUAGUUUGGGCUCUGUCUCACAACAUUGCUGGUGUUUACAGAAGAAGCCCUCUGUUUGAGGUGUGUUUUUCUGCCCUGCAGAACCUGUCAUGCAGAGUAAUUUCAUAAAGCCUGUUGGGGGACAGAUGGAUCUGAUUUCAUGACCACACAAUGACCCAGUGGCACCAUGUAUAGUCUUUGUCCUCCUUGCCCAAUCCAGCAGGUGCCAGAGGUUAAAUAUUAAUUCCACAAUGACAUGUUUUUAAUUAAAUGAACCAGACUGGUGUGUGUGCGUGUGUGUGGAUGUUCCCAUCAAUGUGAUACUUUGGGAAACAUCCCUGAGCUCUAUUGAAAGCUUGAGGGGGAGCGAUGUAUUAGUAAUGAUGUUUGCUUUUCCACUUGUGCCUUGGCCUUUAUUGGUAUAGUGUUUUACUAUCACUACAAGAGGGCUUGGCUAAGAGACAUGGAAAGAGAUGCAUCACAGCCUCUGCUAUCAGGUCCAAAUUAUAAUCACAAAAGCCUUAAUCUGCACUAACUUCAGACUCCUAUGGGUCAUAUAGUAUAAUAUGAUAAAUGCAAGGGGCAGUAACCAAAUCACAUUUAUGUUUAAUUAAAUUUCUCUCCCCUGCAGGUGGUCCUGUGUAAGUUUCACUCAGUGUUCCUGUCACAGAAAGGUCAGGUCUUCACCUGCGGGCAUGGGCAAGGAGGACGCCUUGGCCAUGGAGAUGAACAGACUUAUCUGGUGAGACUUAAAGAGGAUUAUUUUGGUGUAGCAUGAUGUGCCACAUUUGUUUUGAAGCAGUACAAAUGAGUCCACAUGUUGCAGGGAAAUUUAACAUGCAUCGUAAAAAAAUGUGUAAUGACUUGAAGAGUUGGCUUUUAAAUGUCAGUGAAUCAAUAUCUGCCAGCUCUGGUAAAGAUUGAGAUUGUUUUCUAAGCAAAGCUGGGGGGACACAGUUGAGAGUGAUUUUUUUUUUUAGUUUCCAUUUCGAAAUGUGAGAAGUUUUAGACCCUUGGGAUGACUUUCUUCAGGUUCAGCAUCUACAUGUAGAAUAGAAGAGAAUAAAACUUUCUUGAAAUUCAUAUUGUCACAGCAGCAACAGAUUAGACAGGAAACACAAGAGGUAUCAUCAAAAUAAAAAGCUAUGACAACAAAUGAAUAGUUGACAUGAAAUAAGAUAAAAAACCUAAAAGUUUAAGUGCUCCACCUUGCUAGGACCUGUGUGCGUCUGUGUGUGCGCUACAUCUCAAUUCAGGCCUGUUAAACAAUCUGAUGGCUGUGUGUAACUAUUUAAGUGUCACAAUAGUAGCUAACCAUCGUAAUUGUAAUAAAGAGGUUUAUCUAUGUAUUUAUUCAUUUGUUUGUUUGUCGUCUUGUUUGCUUAAUUGUUUAUUUGAUAGGGACAAGUGCAUGAAACAUUGCUGUAUGAAGUAUACAAAGCAGAUGCCAUACAUACAAGUUUCUUGUAACUCAUGAAACUCAUGCCUAAUUUGCAACCCUGUUGCUGGUUAGACUUCCGAAACUUAAACCUAAAUUACAGAGGAUUAUGUUCAAAAGACUAUAACCAUUUCAAAGAUACAAUAAGGUAGAUAUGUGCAACAAAUGUAGGACUCUGGCAAAGAUGGGACCCCGCCCCCCAUAAACAGUCGCAGUUUUAAGAUCGCAAAGGUACACAUAUCUAAUAAAGUGGACUCAAAGUAGGACUGCCAAAUAUUCAAACAAAAAGAAAAACCUGACAUUGGGAUAUAUUUUCUGUCUGCAGUAUUUAUUGCAACAUAAAAAUCCAGUUUCGAUGUGGUGAGAUUUUUGUGUAUUCACAGACACCUCCUUUUAUAAUCUGUCAUUUUGUUCUAUUUUCCUUUAACUGGUCAUUCUAAUUCAAAAUGACCUCUUACUUGUACCACACUUGCAUAUAGCCCUUUGCAAGCAAAUCCAAUGCUAGGCGGCACAUUUUGAAAUAGGAAAUGCAAUGUUGUUCAGUGUAGUUGUUCAGUUGUUGAGAUAUCAGUUACAAGUGUGUUAAUUAAACAGAUACUGAAGACUGAAGAUCAGCUAAGAGCUCUCACCAUUGUGUCUGUUUGUCUGCUGUCCAUGUUUUACUCAUAAUUGUAUUUUGUUCCUCCUGAUUCCACGAUACAUCCAUAAAGUAGUUUUCUUUCCAUCAUUAAAUGACCAUCAAAUAAUCAGAGGUGAGCUUAAAGUUUGCUAAAGCUGUAAAACUGUGUAGGUAAACAGUUAAUGCUGAACUUUUGAUCCAUGCAGCUGUACGCCACACAAACCUCUUGAACAGGUCUGCUUCAUCUCUUAUUGUAAGCCCUUGUUUGAGGGUUUACAAGCACAACAUAAAGUUUAAUCAUGUGUUGGAGAAAAGCCUGAUCUACAGAACUAAGCUGUUAAAUAUAUGAAUCCUGAGUGCAUGGAUAAGGGUUUCACUUCUGGAGAGACUGAAGUACUAUCCUGUAUAGUAAUACUGUUUGUGUUUGGGUUAAUGUCAACACAAGAUGAGAUAAGAUAGUCUAUGAGCCAAGACCCCAAAAUUGACCCAUCGCAAUAAAUCGGGUGGGUAAUUUCUAGUUUGUUUUUUUGAGUUGCUCCACAUCCCUAGUUUGUGGUUUGGGCAUGAUAACCCUUGCAGACUGGUAGCUUAGUGAUGGUUAUCAUGUAUUUAAUCUAUGGAGUCCUGUAGCAGAAAUACCUGAAUUUCGUAUGUUGCUUGUUUGCUACUAUGGGGCUUGUGGACUACUUGUUGACUGCUCUGCCCCCCUAAAUCAUUCUGAUUUAUUCCUAAGUCAUUGGAGAACUGAAAAAAAAAUAGUUUGAUUUGUUGUCCAGAUGAAAUUUGAGACUUUUAUAGCCUUCUUUUAAAAAAUAUUCAUAGGCGGAAAUAGCAUUUUUAUUUUUCUCUUGUGUAUCUUUUCUCAGCAGAGCAAUCAGGUAAUAUUUGCAUCAUUUUAGAUACCUAUAUUAGUUGCAAAUUUUGGGGGGAAAUCCCAAAAACUACAGCAGCAUAGAUACAAAUACAAAAGAGAAAUUAAAGGAUAUAGAAACUUAUAUACACAACCCUCAAACACAUGAAAGACUGUCCAGAGUAAAAGUAAACUUAACAAUCUUCCUCUGCCCUUCAUAGACCAAAGCAGUAAAAGAGAAAAACAUCUAUGAUGAGAAGCGAAUCAUUUCAAUUUGUUUGUGACGUUGAUUUUUUUUCCUGACCCUCCUAAUAUCCACCCCUUCUCUCUCCUCUUACAGGUUCCACGGAUGGUCGAGGGUCUGACGUCCCACCAUUGCUCCCAGAUAGCAGGAGCUAAGGAUCACACCGUGGUGCUCACUGAAGAGGGCUAUGUUUACACAUUUGGCCUCAACACAUUUCACCAGCUGGGUCUUGCUCCUCCUCCAGCAUCGGCACAUGUCCCUAAACAGGUAGGGAGUGUCAGAAAUAGAUGCAUGAAAAGAGCUGCUUAGCAGAUUUGAUCAAAUGAAAUGAAAAUGCGUGAGGUCUUUUUAUUGUUUUUUCUGAUUUAUAGUAUGUAUGUUCUUUUCUGUUUGACGUUAGGAUCGUAGCACACUUACCUGAAGAGUAUUGUUCAGUAUUGAAGGUAAAUUUUUUUGAAUCUUGCAUGCUAUAUUUUUUAGUUUAUAACUUUUGCUGUGAAUGUAGGUGUUUUCCAAGACGCUGAAAGGGAGGACAGUGAUUGGAGUUGCCGCAGGAAGGUUCCACACAGUGCUGUGGACCAGGGAGGCCGUCUACACGAUGGGACUCAACGGAGGCCAGCUGGGUAAGUCCUAACACGGAAAGGUCAGCUAAGCACAAGAUAGUUGUAGUGCUUGUCAGAUACAUAAUGUGACUGCGCAGAAAGUUGUUUGUAGCUCAUGCCAGAAAGAAAAGUAAAGCAUAAAAUGGGAAGCUGAUGUCAGCAUGUGAUGCUAGUGAUGGUUAUUUAAUUUUACGGAAAAGAGGUGGUGUGAGGACAAGAAGAGCUCCCAUUAUAAUCAGGAUGGAUGACGCAGAAGGCUUUUAUUUAUCUUGUAUAUUUUAAGACAAAAAAAAAGUCUUUUUACAUAGAAAUUUAUUUGGUUUUUGUUGUUUCUGUUUCGUGUCCAGGUUACCUGCUGGAUCCUAAUGGAGAGAAGUGUGUAACCGCCCCACGGCAGGUAUCGGCUCUACACCACAAAGAUGUCACCAUAGCGAUGGCAGCAGCUAGUGAUGGCGCAACGGUGGUCGUGACUGAAAAGGGCGACGUGUACCUGUUAGCUGACUACCAGUGCAAGAAACUGGCUUCAAGGUGAGUGUGAUAAGAGAACCUCAACAACAAAAACUCUUACAGAAAUGACAAGAACUUAAAUGACCUUGAUCUGAAUCUUUAAAGACAAAAGAGGACAAUCAUCCUGUUUCAUAAGAACUCAAAAGAAGCUCUUAGACUGUCUGUAAUUAUAAAAUGAUACGCCUCACGCAUUGAGUUAGUAGACAGAUAUUCUUUAUUGAUCUUUUGAAGCGGUCCAUAUAUCCAACAUGUUGUUACAGAAGUUUUAGGAAAGUUCUCAUUAAUGUUUUUUAAAGACUGUACUUGGUGAUACAGAGUCACAUGGAACCCCACCAGGAAAGACUGAGGAUAAAAGUACUAUGAAGAAGUGAAGGUUGUCCUUCUCAGAAACAGGAGUUCUGUGUGAUUAUCGCCCCAAGUUUUCUGAUGAGACCAUAUUAGGCUGUUUAUUAUCCACCUUACUUGGUACAGUUCAGUUCAAUUAAAUCUAGCUUUGAUUCACAUCAGUUGAAAAGUGCUUAGCUGUCAAUGUACAACAUGUUUGUUAGAAAGUGUAUCUUCGCUAGGGCUGCAGCAUAAUUUUUCUUAGUGAAAACUUCCCGUAAGGAACUUUUAACUAGAUUUAAAAAAUCUCUUGUUUCCGCUGAUGCCUCCCUGUCACCUGCAGCAGCAUCUGUGUGAAAAUAAGCUUUUUCUAAAUAGUAAAAAAGGGAGCCAGUGGUCGGGAACACAGACGACACUUGCAUUUUUUUCUCUUUAUUUUGCACUGAAAACGCUCAUCUUACUGUCACUACACAAACGGAGACAACGUCCUGCAGCAGAAGACUCCUGCAGACACCGUGUCAUGCUACAGUUGCAGCCACUGAGUGAGAAGCUCCUCCACACCAGAGACAGACAGGCGGAGCAGCUCUGUGUCACUAACCUUCCACACCUUGGACAUUUUUUGCCUUUUUUAAAAAUUGUAUCCUAUUCUCUUUUUUCAUCGCUUUUUGUGUUUUCCUCUUGUUUUCCCCUCUUAUCAUUCAUUUUUUCCGCUCCGCAAAACCAAAACCACGCUUACUCUUCCUUCUACCGUAAAGAAGAAGCAGAAGUGCGUUGUGUACCCUUGAAAAUAAUCUGUGUGAAACAGUGAUGAUUUGAGUUUAUAAACAUGUACUUGAGGCAGAGAAAAUGCCUCUAUCAUUUUUUGUAAUUGAGUAAUUGUUUCAGCCCUAAUCUGCGCCAGUUAACAGAGAUCUUCAGGCAGAGAUGGAUGAUUUGAUGAAGUCAGUUCUACGUGCCAGUAUCUGUUUAGUGUUCAUUCAUUCUGAUUGGUCUCUUUCAGGCAGCUGAACAUCAAGAAGGUCUUGGUCAGUGGAGGUAGUCUUGACCACCGUGUUGUUCCUCAGAUCCUGAAUGAAGGAGGAGGAGAAAAGGUGUCCAUCUUGGCAUUAGACGAAGCUGGGAGGGUAAGUGCAGACAGAGUUACAGAAAGUCAUUUUUCUUAUAGUUCAUUAUUUCCACAAAAUCAACUAGAGGACAGUUUAAAAAUGAAGUUGGAUGUCACUGCUGCCUCAAGAGAGAAUGUAUAACAUUUCAUUUUCAACUUUCCCUUACUUUCCUUGUCAUUAUCUAACCUUUUUUGCAAGUUGACGGUUAUACAAUCCCAAACUGGCCUUUAAGGGAUCCUUCAGAUGAGAAUGGUGACUAAGACUUGUGUGUGUAAGUUUUCCUUAAAUUUCUUCCCUCCUCCGUUUUGCCUCUCUUUGUCAGGUGUUUUGCUGGCGGUCCUGUGGCAGCUCUGUGAGACAGUGUCGGUGGGCGUAUGGGCGUCAAGUUUUCAUGUCGGACAUAGCGCUCAGCAAGAACAGCAUGAUGUUUGUGACUCAGGAGGGGGAGGGCUUCAGUGGCGUGUGGGCUGGAGAAUACAAGAAGUACGGGGAGAAGAAAGGUGAGGAAUUUAGGUACAUGCUGUAUUGAAUCAUAAAGCUGACCGAUGUUUUGUAACCAUAGACUGCUGCUAAAUUUGGUCAGAUAGUCAACCUUAGAUAGGUAGUAAAAAUGUAAGUAAAUUUAGCUUCUUGUGUCAGGAACCUUUUAUAAAACAUAAGGAACAAUGCCUUACACAACAGCAGCAGACACACGCUAAAGACAGAUGGGGACACGAACAUUUACAGCGAGCCUUGAGGUUGAUUAGAUACAUAAAAAGCAGCCCAGGAUAAGAACAGAAAGUGGAUCAACGUGAAAAUAAGAGUAUGUGAUCAUGAAUUUGGUUAACUUGCUUCUUGCGAUCUUCCAGAGGUCAGUGUGGAGGUUUGUGGUCACUCAGAUGCCGGGACAGUCUACGAGCGAAUCCGCCUGGAGAAACUCCCCAAUGUCCACAGAGCUGUCAGCAUCACCAUGGACUCCAAAGGCCGAAAUUUUGGAGCGUUGCAGUCAGACCCCAAAACAAGGUACGUAACCUGGAGCAUAGCACCACUGAAAGAGUGGAGAAUUCUGCGUCAGUGGAGUACGAAAAAAACAAAUCCUGCAUAUCAGCUCCAUGAGAGGAGACGAAUUUAUUCACGCUGCUCUCUGCAAUAUUUCCAUUCACAAAACCCUUGUUUUAAUAUUUUUUGCAAUUUCAAGAUAAGAUUUUCACUUUAUUUGUCCCACAAGAGGAAAUUCCAAAAAUCUACCGCAGCGAUAAAUACAGAAGAGAAAUCAAAGAAUGAAGAAACUUAAGAGUGAGAAAGUUGUAAAAAAAGAGAUAUACAUCAGUGUUUUGUACAGCUGUCAUGUUCUGUUAAAUGUGUUAGGAGUCCUUAUGGUUAAAUUUGCUGUAUGUAAACGGAAAAAACAUGACAGAUUGAAACAGAUAACUCUUAAAACUUAGUGUAGUCGAUGUAGUGAACAUAUUCCUGUCUUGGGUUCAGGUGUGUCAUUCUGCCAUCUAGAGGUGAAAGUUGCUUUAAAGAAGACAGACACAGUACUGUGUCAUAGAACUGGACUUCAUACCGUAUAUGAUCGUGGUACAGCACAUGUGGGCUGCCAUAAUAGGGGACGCGGUCUUUCAUGAGAGUGAGUCUCUCAUUUUUCUUUGUGGUUCUUUAUUUGAGCCUGUGUUUCAGUACAGCAGCUUAUUUUUAUGCUUUCUCUUUUCACUAGAAGAGAUUUCAUAUUGUUACCGAAAAGGUCCCUUUGUUAUGUACAUCAGUCUUUUCUGUUUAAUAGGCACCUGGCCUUUCAGAGAUGUCUCUCCCCUCUGUUCCUCUUCCAGAUUUAACCUUCUUGUUGGUUUCAUAGAUCUUACUUCAUUGUUAUUUUUGUUCAUUUGAUUAAUGAUUUAAACACGAUGUCCACCUCUUGUCUCCGGCUCAGCUUGUUUGAGAUUCCCAUUGUUUCUCCAUCAUCCUUCUCCCAACACUUCCGGAGCCUUCUGGACGAGGCGGAUGAAAUGGACAGCAUCCAUGACGUGACCCUUCAGGCGGGCGAUCGCACAUUUCCAGCUCACAAGUACAUCCUGUCCAUGAGGUCCGAGUUCUUCCGGAAACAGUUCAUGUCUGAGCACAGCGGCGUUGACGAGGAGCUCGACGGAGAAGUGAGGAAGAGUGAAGACGCUGUUGGCUGCGAUUUACUCAUUCUGGAGAAGAUCCCAGCAGACAUGCUGGAGUAUGCUCUGCACUUCAUCUACACAGACUCUUGUGAGCUGCUGGUGCAUGGGGCCCGGCCCAGAGUCUCAGGGGCCUCCAUUGGACAGAAUCAGGUGAGGAAGGAGCAACAGAAUGACUACAUGUGCUGAUGUCUUAAACAACAGUUAUCCUCUGUGUUAGUUGUGGUUAUUUAAUGCUGAACAUACUUUGCCUUGGCCAGGACUCAGAGCAGGAGAGGCUUAUCAGCAGCCUGCAGGACUUGGGCCUCAGAGGUCGCUCGGCUUUUGAAGUGUAUCGCUCCCUACCUCCUGCAGCCAAAGGAGAUGGUGACAAGGCAAAAAACAAGAGCGCCAAGCCUGGCAAGAAGGGGAAAGGCGGCAAGGGUGACAAGCCGGGGGCCAACGAGGGAGGGGUCAACCCUGUGAAAUCCUUACAGGCUGUUGCGAAAAAGCUCGGCCUGGGAAGCCUGUCUGCACGGUGAGACAGACUGCACUCUAAACCCUUAAAGCAACGCUGGGUUUAAUGUUAUGUUCUGUUAAUCAUGCAAACUUUGUUGCUUUUGACAGGCUGGAUGGAGUAAAGUAUGAAAAUGGAAAGAUCAAUGUGAUUAACAAGAAAACUGGCAACAAACCCAAAUUCUACCAGAAGAAAUGGUAUGUAUAAGAGUGUACUGUAGCUGUUUGUGUGUAGGAUUUCAGAUAAGCAGAUUAUCACAUGACAAGAAGAGUUAGUGAUCAUCUGCCCUUUUGGUUGGCACAGCUCCUAUCUUUGUGAUGUUACUCUGAAAUCUGAAGAUGGGAAAGAGUUUCCAUGCCACAAAAGUGUCCUCUGUGCACGACUUGGUAAGAAAUAUCUACUUCAAUAUUUGCUUAUAUAACUCUUGAUUAUGCAUGGAUGCAAAGGUUUCAUGGUGUGAUGUCCAGAAUGAUCCGUGCAGGGUGUCUACACAGUUUGAAUUUACAUACUUUUCCAUACCCUAAUUUUUAGGAUUAUCUUUGCAAAUACCUGCUUCUCUAUUUUAGAAAACAGUAUUUGAGAACUUUGGUAAUAGUCUGGAAACAUACAUAUUUUUCAUUUUCCUGGAAGUUGAUCAAAUUUAUUUCCAUACUUUCACAUACUUGUGUAGGAGCCCUGUCCGUGGAUAAUAUGAUAGAGCCUUGAUAUAUGUUAAGUGUUCUUAAAUUACGGCAAGGUUUUCUAAUUUUGUGUCAACCUUUUCUGCAGAAUACUUCAAUAGCAUGCUUGGAAACCCCUGGAUUGAGGUACAGGAGCUUUUGAUUUUUUACUGUCUUAUGAAUGCAUUUUAAAGAGAUCUUGGUACUGAUCGUAUUUUUACCUUGUGUCCCUCAAGGCCACAUCCUGCACUGCCCUGGAGAUGCCAACUAGCUCAGAGAUCCUGCAGGUCAUUCUUGAAUACAUUUACACCGACGAGUCUCCAACCAUCAAAGGUAGCUAUUUUUUUUAGGAGUUACACCGAUUUACAGUUCAUUUGGAUUCAGCGUGAAAAUACGCACAUACUGACAAGACUGACUGUUCUUUCCCUUUCCAUUGCAGAGUCUCUGAAUGUAGAGUUUGUCUGUAAUGUAUUGGUCGUGGCCGACCAGCUGCUAAUCACACGCCUGAAGGAGAUGUGCGAAGUCGUCAUCACUGAGAACUGUAUGUUGUUUUUCUGUUCCUCUGUCGAGACAGUGUCCUUCACUUCGCCUCGAUCAUUUUCUUCUCCUUUCAUCUUGAAAAAGAAGCUACAUUUAUGUCACAUGAAAAACACAAAUUAGUGGGUUUGAAUUUAGUUUGAAGCAGAAAAUAGCAUUUGUUCAUGCAUAGUAAUUUAUUCAUGAUGAACAUGAGAGGAGUUCUGUGCAAACUCCUAAUGCUCUCGAUUCCCAAAUGAGGCGCUUUCAGGGGAUACAAGUUUCGGCUGAAUAAGACAGUGUCUCGACUAAAAAGGGUGAAACGAUGAUAGUUUUGUAACUUAUGGUUUAUGAAAGGAGAAGUGCAGACACCAGUGUUGUGUGGUUUAUAUAAUAUAGCUGCUGCUGUUCAUUUUUAAUACCUUUCAAUGAUUUGAUUUAAUAUUCUCCUAAACAUCAUCAUUUUUAGCUAGCUGUAAAAAUUAGAAGCUUAACGAGAAAGACUUUGAAAGCAUCUAUUUGACCUAUUUUGUUGUUUUUGUUUUUUCAUUUCUAAAUUACAUAAAGGGUUAAAGCUGCUGAAUUUUCUCAGUUUUAGUUUAUGGUAAAUAUAUUUGAAACAUUUUAUCCUGACGAACUGUUUGCUUUGCCCUCCUCAGUGACUCUGAAGACUGCUGCAGAGCUGCUGGAGUUUGCCACCAUGUACAACGCAGAGCAGCUCAAACUCUCCUGUCUCCAGUUCAUCGUGCUCAACAUGGCCGCCCUGCUUGAGUCAAAGUAAGACUUACCAUAGAGUUCUCCUCCAGCUGGGAAAACUCUCUAAGAGUUUGAGUAUUUCUUUUGUCAGUUACGGUUACGUAUGGCUGCUCUGAAGCCCUCUACAGAAACAUUUGGUCACAGUGCAACAGAAAACCCUGCAGGAAAGAACUUUAAAUAUCUCUCCCUAUACGCUCCUGUUGAUCUGUCUGUCCCUUCGUUUUUAUCUUUGCCUCAGAGCGCUGGAUAUUCUUAGUGAUGAAGUACUUCUGGAGCUUUCUGCAGCCUACAGGAGAAUGGUGAGUCACCCCGUAGCAACAUCCUCAAUUCAUGACUUUGAUGUUUUUGUUUUGUCUUAUGUCUUUUUUAAACCUUUUCGGAUUUUUCAAUUAAAGCAAAAAUAAUAGAAGUUGUCGACUGCUGGUUUAACUUGAAAACCGAUUUUAAGCAACUACUGUUAGUGUUGUUUGUUCCUUAUGUAGCUGGUAGGUCAGUGUAAGUUCCUUUAUCAUGUUUGAUGCAGCUUUUGGAAAAUGAACAGGAUGGAAAAAAGCACCAUGAAACUGAGGAUGAAAAAGCAGAAACAAAAAGUGUCAAAAUCACCUUUUAAAAUGUUGUAAACAUGGUUGAUUGAAAGGAUUUCAACCUGCCUAAUUUUUCAGUGCAGCAUUUGAUUUGCUUAUGAAAUGCAGGACCACAAAUCUCAGCACUGAUUGCAUUUUGGAAAUUCAGUUCUUGAAUAGUUUUAAUUUAUACCGUGGAGUCGAAUAACUGAUUCCUUUCACUGAUUUGAUUGCUGCUACUCUGUGCGAAUGGUGCCUCUUUAAACAAUUCAGGCUUUAGUCCUUCUUGGUUGUUGUUUUCUAAAUCUUUUAUUUUUUUUCCUGUUAAUUCCAGAUCCCAGCCAUGCAAAAGAGAGUUAUCACUCCGUAUCCUGGUGCUCCUGACCUCAGCAUGUAUGAGGAAGAAGAUUUGGACUCUGCUUUCAGCUCGAAGUCAGAAGCAAAUGUGGAUCAGUCCUGCAGGUAAACGUUGCAUUCAGCACAGAUUUGUAUUAUUAUAUCUUCUAUAAAAACGUCAUUGUUCCUUUCAUCUGACAAGUCAUUUCCAUCUCCUUAAAACACAUAAAGAUGGUACUUCAAAUAAUGCCCAAUGACUGUGAUUCAUUACGUCCCUCCAGGGAAAUUCUCUUGAAGAAGGCCAAGAUGAAGGCUAAAAAGAAACCAAGGCGACGCUCUGACAGCUCUGGGGGCUACACCUUAUCUGAUAUCAUUCAAAGCCCCCCUGCUGCAGGUACACUCCUACACACAAAAGAUGUCUUGAUUGAAUUUUUCUUUUACAUUGAAAACUACAUCAUUGCUACACUUACAAUGUUUCCAGAAGUCUUAGAGGGAAAGAUACAACUUUUUUCUUAUGCUUUCAGAAUAAAAUGUGUGAGCUGCUUGUAAUAUCAUCAGCCUUGUGAAUAAAAUGUGUCCUUUUUUCCUUUUUUUUUUGUUAUUUCUUUUCUUUCAGUGGUCUCCCAGUGCCUGAUGAAGUCAGGAAAGGCGAACUCAACUGACUCCCUGCAUGAGCUGCUCACAUCUGACUCAGAGGGCAGCUACAUGGGGGUGGGCAGUCCCAGAGAUGUGCAGUCCCCAGUCUUCCACGACAGAGCUGAGGUCAGUGUCCAACUACUGCAAAACCACAUGCACUCUUUUGUUUUUCAUGUAAACUAGAUUUUUUAAAAGAUGUGUUUAAAUCCCCGCAGACCGUGUUAUACUUGUGGUUAUGAUUGUAUUUUGAUCAAGUUGUCCACUAAGAACUGUAAAUAAAACACAAACCUUAAUCUACAGGAUGAGAAAACUCUCAGUCAGAGGCUGAAGACGCCACCCAGCACCCCAACUUCCCUGAAGGACUGCCCCAGAACUCCCCCUAACUCUGCUCCACAAACCAUCCCCAAGGGCCUCCCCUGGUAAGAGCUGAACAAUCCUGUAUUUGAAGAAAAACUUUUAAUUUUUUCAAGCUGGUAGAUUUCAGAACUUGUACAUUUACUACAGAUAGAGCACUCAUAGAGCGCUACACACGCUGGCUUAUGAUGAAGUACUGGAUAUGUCCUCCCACCAAUAAUCAUGAUUAUGUAUUCCACAUAGAAAAUAUUCCCUCAAUGUUGAGGAGAGGUUUUGCAGGUAGAGGGAAAUGUAAUCAUACCUUGUUAACAAGUUUUGAAAACUGAGCCGUGUCUUGGCCUGUGCUGUUACCAUCUGCAGUCCCGCUCGUCCACCUCCAGUCUUGGAUCUGAGAACCAUUAUGGACAUGGAGGCCAGCUCUCUGCAGACCCUUGGAGCCACUCCUAAAAGCCCCGGAAGGUAUAGCACAUCAACAGUACUCAGUCUUGACAAAUAAUGAAUACAUUGAUGGCUGUUUGCUCCUCAUUUAUGAAGAAGUUCGCUUUCGUUUAGUUCUGUUACCCAGUUUGAAUGAAAGCUUCUCUAACACAUUCAAGUGAUUUCCUCACUGUUGUUUAUUUCCACUAACAGCACAUAUUUUCUCUCCUGCUUGUAGCGUCAGUGCCAGCGUUAAGCACUCUCCUGUUCCCGCCAAACUGUCGCAGAAGCAGAGAAAGAUGUUGGCGAUGGCCAGCAAGGAGGCCAGUGUGGAGUCGACUGCAUCCAAAUCAACCCCCACAGUUACCCCGUCCAAAAGCAGUGGGAAGGCUUGGUGAGUGAGCAUUGAGACGAAGACCACUACUCAGAUCUAUCAAAAAUGCAUUCCUGCUCCUUCUCCCCCACAGCUUUUGUUAAAGGUAUACUGUGGAGUAUUAUGGAGAAUUAUACUGACCAUGUACCACAGGAGCUUCUUGUCUCCUCUAAUGGGAAGAGUGAGCAGGGAGCAUUUUAGUUUCAAGAGCUGAUGGCUAGAUAUCCUUAAAUAUUCCCAUUUUUUCAAACUGUACCUUUAAAUCUGAUUCUCAGUCCGUACAUCACUUUUAGAUUUUCCUGACAUAAUUCUUUUCACAUCAAGUUGCUGUUUUGUGCUCUGACAUUGUCAUUGAUGACAGAAAAAGCUGUAUAUUUUUCUCAGGGCAUGAAAGAAGUUUUGCCCUCUGCAACUUUUAACAGUCAUUUCUCACCGUCUCACCUUCACUAUAAUGUAUAUAUUAAGAGAUCUGAAGUGUCUAAAGUUGCUCAUUUUUCCACAAGAAGAUUUAAGGUCGUAACAUACUGGUAAAUAAGCGAAGCGAAUUUGCAAAGCGAAUAAUACCCUCAUAAAUUCAAUGCAAGUUUAAGGCUACAAACUUCCACAGAGUGAUCAUUUUUUCGCCCCGUAGCAAAUUUUGCAAACAUAUUCAAGUGAACUGCUGUAUAAAUCUAUAGCCUAAUAUGAAUCUUACUUCAGACACAUGGAAAGCCGUUGCUCUGGAUCAACCAGCUCUCUGUAAUUUGUCCUCUCCUUCUGCAAAUGUGGAGUCAGCUGAUGGAGCAGUUCUUGAAAUUGUCCGAGGGACAUUUAGAAGUAUUGUCAGAAUUUCUAUGGAUACAAUUUAAGCUCCUGUAUCGUUGUGUGGAGCUCCCCCACCUCCUGUCACAGGGUCGGUAUUGGAUGUACCCAGACACUUCAAUUCUUCUUUUUCUUUUUGUUGUUUAAUAGACUUAAAACCAUGACCAGGUCAUCAUCACUUGAGGAUGUAGUCACCAUUGUUUCUCCUUCUCUCUCCCCCUCUGUUCUCCUGCGGCGUAUUUUUGUGCGAAUAUGCAAAUUUUAUUUGCGUCACACCAGGUGUGUUGGGAAAAGGCAUAAACAUAAUAUUUAUGCAUUUUUGCAUCACUUUUACACCUCGCUUUGCUAAUUCGUUGGUGUGUCACGUCCACUUUUCAUGAUUAAGUGCUUGUUACUUUAAUAAGAAAAAUGUUAAAACGUCAGGGUCACUAGUUUUUCACAUUUGAGAUUUUAAUGUCUUACUCACGCUUUUCUUGUCUUUGUCAUUUGUGUCUUUCUGCAGGGCGACAUUAGUCCAGUCCCCACCCUCUUCAUGCUCAUUUCGGGCACUGCUGGAGGAGGAGGAGAAGCGCUUGAUCAAAGUGGGACAAACAGGAGUCCAGAGAGGCCAAGCUUCUCAGGGGUCCCCUGUUACUCCUACUACUGCAGCCAGAAGGGUCACAUUCAAAUGUGCAGAAAGCAAAGAGCCAGAGAGACCCACCGGGUGAGUUUUGGAUCUUUGACAAAGUCAGCUCUGUUCAGCUUUUGUCCACUGGGUGGCACUGUUGAAGUGUUUACAUGAAUCAUCUGGAAAGUUAGUCUCUUCUUUCAAAUCUGCUGCCCACUCACUGUUUUUAUGAGAUACAGGAUUUCACAGUAAGACUAGUCAUUUCAUCAUCAAUUUGAUUUAAUGAAACAAUUCUUUAGCCAUAAAAAGAUAUACUCAACAUCUCUUUAAAUCCCAGCAGGUUCCUUUGUUGUUUUUGUUGUUUUGGAGUCGACACUGGCUUUAAGGAUAUGUAAAAAAGGGGAAGUGAGGGUGACACUGACAUGUACUCCCCUGGUCAGACAGAUCAAGAGAGAUUUGAUGCUCCGGCCUGAGUGAGGUGAACAGCUUGAAAUGACCCAGUCCAGCUGGCCUGACCUGCCUGCAGACACUGAGUCAGUCUGACCUUUACAACAUCCAGCCAGCUGGACAAACACAGCACACACACAUGUACACACAGAGCAGGAUGAGCUGGGAUCCAAAAAUAUUCAUUUCUAGUUUCUAAUGUGGUCCUUCAUGUGUGACUCAGAGAGGCUCGAGGAAACAAGACUGGAGGUCAUUUCAGGUCUUAAAAAAAACAUCUCUAAAGCAGUUUGUAGGUCUGUUAUCUGAUAGUAUCCUGCCUCCUCAGUAUGUUUACCUUCAUCUUUCAGAGCAGCCCUGUAGAUGUCAAACAGCUGUGUGAGUGUCUCAAGUGAAGGCGGUGAUGUUGAUCAGUAUUGAUAAGGGCAGCCCUUGUGUCACAACAGAUCAUCCAGUACAGGGAGCAGGUUCCAGGUUUCUCUCUGUGUCUGGAUGAUGAGCAGAGAGAUGGACGAGUUCAAGGCUCAGGUAGUACCCGGAACCUUGGCUUGGACAUUUCUCCUGUUUGCCUUCUGGGACACUGUUUCCAUAUCCCCCGAUCAGAAUGAAUAGAGAUGCCUUAACAACCUUUGUACUUUGAUUGAAUAUCAAACUCUCUUUUUUCCCCUCCUGAUGUCUUCUGCAAAAAUUUCCAGUGGUGUCCUAAUGCCAGAUUGAAAUACUCAUACACAAAAACAGACUCCACAUAUUCCAUAUGGCUUUAACAUGCAGCGUGGUGAGUGAUGAGGAUGUUUUUUGGCCACAAUUAUAACACACUCUUUAUGAACUGUGUCUCCAGCCUUCUCGCCACAUCUUACAAAUAACAAAUCACUGCAAAGGAACACAAGUCAUCCUGCUGAGAGUUCAUGUCGUCUCUUUGACACGUCAUAUUUCACGUGUCAUUUUGAAUCGAGCGUCAAGGUCCUUGAAGGAAAAAUUGGUUUUCUUAAGGGGUAUAAAUAUUCAUAGAGGAAGUAACAUUUCCUGAAACCCAUGUUAUAGUAAAAUAUAGUUUGGGUUACGUUGCAAAGUUUAAAAACAAAACUGGUGUAUUGGAUGUAGAAUUACGGCUCUUUUUAGUGAGCCAGAUCAUUCGGCUCAGCUCAUCAAGAAGAGCCGGCUCUUUCGGCUCUCAAACGGCAGUGUUGUUUUCUUUUUUCCACGACGAAGACGUGAUGUCGACGAGCUAAACAUAAGUCUUGGAUGACUAAAAUGUGACGAGACGAAUGUGCGUUUACGUUGACAAGACGAGACGAGACGAAAAUGUUAGUGGUGGACGACGAACAGAGUUGCAAAAUUCAUAUGAAUUUCGUCAGUCAAAUGCUAAACAUAUUCUGCUGUGUUGUUUUCAUUGACGAUGAUGUUGACGAUAUUUCGUCAUCGUCAAUGAAAACAACACUGCCAAAUGGCUCUUCAUUUUUUCACUUGCACAUUUUCUAAUUCAGCCAAAUUUAGCGUUGUUUGGCUUGUGAUAUGUACAUAUGUGUACACAUACUUCUUUAAUAAUUCAAUACAUUCUUUGUACUGAAGUAUUCACAAGUAAAAAAAUACAUUUUUUAAUAUGAGUAAAUUGCUGUAGCCAGUUGUUUUCGUUGCAUUUACAGACCCUUAUGACUCUCUGAACCCCCCCCCAAUGAAUGCACUGACUUACUUGUAGAACCACUCAGCUUCACAAAGCAGAUAGAAAUCCCGUCAUUUCUGCCUCAUAGUUUUUUUCUACCGUCUGUGGGGGAAAAAAAAAAAAAAAAAAAACAGUUCACAGACAGAAGCUGGCUCCCAUCGUUCAUGUUGAAGAGCCGGCUCUUUGAACCGGUUCGUUCGCGACAGACACAUCAGUAAUUGUGUCCCACCAGCUUCACUGAGGACACAAGAAGUCUGUCUGUUUCCUGUUGUAGAAGCAGUGUAGCAGAAUAAAAAUAAGAAAUCCUAUUCCUGUUAAAAAGCUUUUGAAGGGGUAAACCAAGACUAUAAAAGACCAGUGUUAUCACAGAAAUCUGGGUGGUGGUAAAGGCUUAGAUGAUACUUUUAAGAUUUUACAACUGUAAUAAGGAUUUCUAUUUUAUUGAUUGAUCUAACUGAAUCGCUCUACCAUCUUAGGUUCUGAUUUGUUAUGUGCAGUGAUUCUGGCCGACUCUCACAGCUCUUACAGCUUUUUCAAGAGAAUUAAAGUCUAAAAAUAAAACAUUCAAGCCCGUGUUUACUAGCUCGUGUAAACUGGAUUUGUGAACGAUCCAAAGUCUGAAUGCACAUCGAUCAUAGUCUCAGGGUGUUUGGAGCUUCAGAGUCAAGAGACGUCGAGAUGAACCACAACAGGGCCGAGACUUGUCUCCUGUGGAACUAAGUAUAUUAGACCUGAGCUCUUACAUCAGGACCUCAGAGUUCCUGGUCUCCAGAUGUACUUGGACGAGAUUUUCCGGUCCUCCUGCAUCACUGAGGUUGAGAAGUUUAAUAGUGCUGUUACGCACCAUGGAGAGGUUUAUGUAAGGAAGGUGGACAGGUGGCCGCUCACAAACAGCAGCUUGUCAGUUGUUGUUGACUCAACCUUUGUUAACACACGCAAACACACAGACACACACACAGUCUCUUGUUGCUUUCACUUUCAGCGCACAGGCCUUGAUACCUGUCCUCUCUCUCCCUCCCUCCCUCCUCGUUGCACCCGUCUCUCCCCUCAGGCCCUGGGUGCUCGGGGCAGUGGGCAGCCCUCCCCUCUCCUCCACGGUGACCUUUGCUUCCAUUGUGGAAGAAGAGAAGCAGCAAGAAGCUGCACUGAUUCGCAGCCGAGAGAAGCCUCUGGCACUCAUCCAGGUAAACCAUGAAGUCUAUGUGUGUUAGUGCUGCGCGCGCGCGCACACACACACACACACACACACACACUCUCCUGCUGCGGCUGAAUGUAAAGCAUUGGUGUAGAAUUUAAGUGAAAAACACAGCUGUGUUUCUAUAGUGGACCUAACUUAUAUCCUCUCUAUCUGGAAGCCAUUUCUCUAAUGAACUUCACACUCUGCUCUGUGCUGGUUAGACCUGGUCUUGAAAGCUCUCCUCGCUCUUCUUUAGCUCCUGCCAGGUCUCUGUCAGCACCUCCACAAAACACUGCAGCUUUCUGGUUGUCAUUAUUUUAAACAUUUUUAUAACCAUCGAGCUUUCAAUGUCAGCAUUUUCUCUUCCACGCUUAGAUGAAGCAUGAUUUUGUUCCCACAUAAAAUCUCCUCUUUUUUUAUUGUGCUUUUCUGCGGUUGCAGAUUGAAGAGCGGGCAAUCCAAGACCUCCUUUGCCAUUAUAAAGCACGUGACAACCCCGAUGAGCUGAUAGUGGUGGAGAGGUCUUCCAGAGGUCCUAUCGCAGCCCCGACCUGGAACAAACACUAAUGACUAACAGCUCAUCCCCUUCAUACCAUUAAAUUGAGAACAUCGCCUACAGUUGUCCCUGUGUAACAUCAUCUGAUCCAUGAGUAUAUGUGGAGUCGUGUCUCAGAGUCCUCUUGCCCUGUGUGGUAUUAGUUUGAUGCAAACCUUUGCUCAUCUCUGCAGUGUUACUUUAAGUUUUAUUUCAUGCUGCUCAGAUUUUAGUUUGGACGGUGUGACAGAGAGUCAGCUGAAUGUAAUCCUGAGAGAAUACCUUGGCCUGGGAUCACUUCUGUUAUUUACAUGAUAUUUAGAUUAGGUUAAUACCUCGAUUUGGUAGACCAGUGACAGAAAAAUGAACCAACUUUCCAACAUACUAUUAGGUAAUUUAAGUCUAAGGUGCCAAAGACAAUGGAAAGAUAAGAAAGCCAAAAAUGGGUCCAAACUCCAUCACCAAGAGGACUUGUUGUGUUUGUAUUUUGUCUGUUGAAGCUUUUAAGAUGAUGAUGAUGAAACAGAAAAAAGUGCCAACCAUCAACUGUGGCAGAGCAUAAGCUAUACUCAAGAGGUAAAGUCAGCUGUGUACCGAGGCAGUGACUCUCUUUUUCUGGUCCUUUUCUUUUCCUGAUAAGUGCAUUGUUUGGACCGGUCCUUUCAGCUCAGAAGUAGUGACGAGGUUACUUUGCUGAUGUUGGUGAAAAUAUGUUUUCAGUUUAAAAAGCAUAUGUAGGAUACUUUACUGGAGGCAGUUGUAAUGAAUGGUAAAUACUCAGUUUGCAGUGUGUUUCAGAGGAGGUGGUGUGCCUUUAUCCCUCGAUGACCACACUUCAAUACAGCAGCUAAAAUAUCAUUUUCUCCUCUUUGGUUUCUCUCUUUAAUUUAUAUUAACUCUCUCCAGUUCAGAGCUGUCAUAAGCUUUGAAGGUACCUCAGAUCUGGACCGUGUCAUCUUUUCUUCAGAUGCCAUUUGAUUGUUUUUGUGUGUGUGCGAGUGAGUGAGUGAGCGAGAUACAAGGUUGUGAAAAGAAAAUGGCAUGUAAUAAAAUAUCUCAGCUGUGCAAUGAUCCUG